AGUACCUGUGCCACGUGUACGUGCGGAGCGACGGGCUGGCCGGCGUGGUGGUGGCAGACAACGAGUACCCCCAGAGGGUUUGCUUCACCUUGCUGGACAAGGUGCUGGAUGAGUUCUCCAGGCAGGUCAGCAAACUCGAGUGGCCCUCGGGAUCCCCGGCGACCAUCAGCUACACAGCCUUGGACGAGUACCUCAGCAAAUACCAGAACCCCCGCGACGCCGACCCCAUGACCAGAGUGCAAGCAGAGCUGGACGA